AUGCUUAAAGUAUUCAGUAUCGCCUUUUAUCUGUUCCUCUUUCUCCUAAACUUAUGUAGUGGAACCAAAACAAUGGGCAUAGAGGCCGAAGGCGAUUGGAGUGACGAAAUUCCAGAGAUAUCACAUUUAAGGAAAGGUUCCCUAAUUGGUCAUUUAUACGUGGAUGGGUGGAGUCCCAUUUGGAGCAUCUACCUGGAAGGACAUACAGACUCACCAUCAGACAUGGAAACAAUUGUAGACGCUGUGAUAGGCAAUGAUACAGGGAGAAGCAACCACGGGGGUGAAAUUACCAAAUGGGAUUGUCUUCAAAGUUUUGGAGACGUAAAAAAGGAGGCACCCUGCCAUAGAGCAACCCAACAGAAAAAUACCCCCAUUCUUGAUCAGAUCGACCAUUCUAAUUACGACAAAAAGGAGCUACAAAAUUUAAAAAGUCAAAAAGAAAAAGAAAAACAAAGAGAAAAACAAAAAGGAAAAACAAAAAAAGAGAAUUCUCUACUUAGGUAUGAAAUUCAUUCAGGCAGUGCAUGGCGUGGGAGCCACUUCUGCGGGUGCGUGUAUGAUAACUAUUUGGUUCAUUGUGAUGGUCCAUACGCAAGAAAGAACAAUCAGAGGAGGGGAGAAAGUGUAUCAACCGUUCGUGCUAGCACUCCUGUACCUGUGUGUCAGCGUAGUGUUCUUCAUCCAGGAAGAAAUUGUCCCCCAAAAGAUGGUCCCAACAAAAGUAAAUAUCUAGACAGAGCCAAUAAUUUAUUGGCAUCCCUAGUCUCAGGAAAUUUUGAAAAAAAACAGGAAGCCAAUAAGCGUAGCUCCCAAUGGAAUGAGGAAGAGUCAAAUGAAAAUUUUUUAAAAAAUUUAAUAAAUGAAAAGGGGAAAAAGGGAAGAAGUGAAAAGCAGAUGAAGAAGGAGGAGAGACACGUGUCUUUGCAAAAUUACGAGGAAUACAAUUCAAUUGACGACGACAAUUAUAACGAUUAUGAUGACGAUGAUAACGAUGAUAACUAUGAUAACUAUAAUAACGAUGAUGACGAUGAUGAUGACGAGGGACUGAUAGACAAUGGAAAUUUGUACGUGUACGCGAUAGAGGACAACGUGGACGAGGAGAGCAACGAAAAGGAAAGAAAGAAAAAGAGGACUACCAAUCGAAACGGACCGAGCGAUAAUGCGACAUCCAGAUUCAAUAUAAGAUACUACAAAAACAUCCACAAAAUUAGAAAAGGAACAACCAGAAGAUUGAAAAAUAUUAUCAAUGCAUUUAUGUACGACCCUGAUUGUAUGGACAUCCUCGUCUACUUCACGACGGACGCGGGGGAUCUGAUAAUGAAUCAGUAG